AUAUCCAGCACGCUCCGGACCUUCGAUACGUGAGCCGGCAGGCGUGGCGCAACCUGACCUCCCUCAAGUCCCUGCGAAUAGUGGGCACGGGCCUGCAGGAGCCGCCGGACUUAUCCAGCCUUCAGUCAGAAGACAACAUCAUGCAUAUGAUUGACCUGGAUGGCAAUCAAAUCAAGCUGCUGCCAACAAACGGCCUGAGAGUGACUACCGAUCAACUGUCUCUAGCUAAUAACCAGCUGGAAUCGAUUUCGGCACUGGCUUUCAAUGGCUCCCUCAUCGGCACAAUCCAACUGAACGGAAACCUUCGUCUCAGUCACGUGGACCAGCUGGCGUUCAAAGGUCUCGGCGGACUCCGAAAACUUGACAUGUCGGAUACAGCGCUGACCAGCCUGCCGACCAACGGCCUGGAGGACAUCGAGCAGCUGUUCAUCAAGCGGACCGCGUCGCUGCGCACCUUCCCGUCCGUCUACCACUUUCGCUCCAUCCAGGAGGCGCACCUGACCUACCCGUACCACUGCUGCGCCUUCAACUUCCCCGAUAUACAGGACCCGGAGGAGCACCGCCGAUACCAGGAGUGGGCAGAGAAGCUGCGCAAGCUCACCAACUGCUCCCGGGAGUCUGUGACACUGUCGGCCGGCGGCGCGGGUGGGCCGGCCGUCUCCGGGGGCAUCUUCCACUCGGCUGUCUCCGAGGAGACGAGCCACCUGGUCUGUGACAGUGACCAGACCAGCCGGCUGAGGAGCGUGGUCUGUUCACCCACACCAGACGCCUUCAACCCGUGCGAGGACAUCAUGGGAUACAAGACGCUCAGAGUGGCCGUCUGGCUCGUGGUCGUCACGGCCGUGGUUGGUAACGUCGUCGUGCUGGUGGUCCUCAUCAACCGCAGCUUCAAGCUCACCACGCCCAAGUUCCUGAUGUGCAACCUGGCGUUCGCCGACCUCUGCAUGGGCCUCUACCUGCUCAUCAUCGCUAGCAUGGACGUGCACACGAUCGGCGUCUACUUCAGCUUCGCCAUCGACUGGCAGGAAGGACUGGGCUGUCAGGUGGCCGGCUUUCUGACCGUGUUCGCCUCGGAGCUGUCCGUGUUCACACUGGUCACAAUCACCUGCGAGCGCUGGUACGCCAUCACCAACGCCAUCUAUCUCACCAAGCGACUCCGCAUCACCGGUGCAGUCAGGGUGAUGGCAGUCGGCUGGCUUUACUCGGCAGUCAUGGCGGCCUUCCCAUUGGUCGGCAUCGGCAGCUACAGCAAGACGAGCAUCUGCCUACCCGUGGUGCAGGACGGCCAGGACCAGGCGGGCAUCGCGUUCCUGCUCUUCCUGCUACUGGGUAACUGCCUGGCCUUCCUGCUGAUCUCCUGGUUCUACCUGAGGAUGUACUGCAGCAUAUCCACAGUGGAGCGCGGGCUCGUCAGACCCAACGAUCUCAAGGUUGCUAAGCGGAUGGCUCUCCUAGUGUUCACCGACUUCGCCUGCUGGGCGCCCAUCACAUUCUUCGGCGUCACUGCCAUCAUCGGCUUCCCGCUCAUCAACGUCACCAACUCCAAGAUCCUGCUGGUGUUCUUCUACCCCAUCAACUCGUGCGCCAACCCGUACCUCUACGCCAUCUUCACCAAACAGUUCCGCCAGGAGUUCUUCCUGAUGCUGGGCCGGCGCGGUCUCUGCCGCCGCCAGGCGCUGCGUUUCCGCGCCGCCGGCACCCUCUCGCGGAACGACCUGCUGAAGCUGUCCAACGGCUCGCGCUCGACGCAGCCACGCAGCGGCCAGACGCUGCUCGAGAUGUCGUCGAUGCGCUGCCGGAAGCUGUCGGCAGAGUCGGGCGGCGCGCUGUCCGAGGGUCGCUCGGCGUCCGGCGCCGCGCCCGAGCGCAAGCCGAGCGGCCGGCGCGACUGUCGGCUCAGCCCGGUGCUCGAGGCGUCGCGCACCGCCGAGGCCAGCGUGGCCACUGUGCCGGCGCACCAGACCCUGCUGCCGGCCGCGGACCCCAACUCGGCGCCCACCUAGGGCUGUCACUCGGCCGGGUGGGCAGGGUAUUCAGUCAGACUGUGGGAGGGUAUCAGGGGUGGGUUACUGUGGGGCGUGUGCGCAUGAGCGUGAAGUGUUCCUGGCGGGCUGGGCGGACAGCCGGCCGCCUUGCAAUGUGGGUUGGUGUUAUCGGAUUGUGGUGAGCUGUUUGUCGUUUGCCGUGAGUCGCUACACUGUUCCUGAGCCAUAGAAGGCACCAGUGAAGUGGUUGAUGUAUGGCGGUCCUACGGCGCACAUGCUUGUUCAUCGAUCGUAGGGCCAAGAACACUGCACACACACGUUUGACGAAAAGACGCCAUUAUUUGUUAUGUGAUUUUCAUUCAUGUACGUAAAUAUCGUCCAUUAUGGUAUAAGUAGUUAUUCACGGUAUGCUACGUGCGCGAUGGUGAGGAAUACGCCACGCUCUUGUAUUGCACCGUUCAGUCCGGCGAAUAUCUGGCUCCUUGCGGCUCAGUCGGGUGGAUUACGGACUCAGACCGGCGAAUAUCUGGCUCCUUGCGGCUCAGUCCGGCUCAGUCCGGUAAAUGACUGACUGAGUCCGGUAAACGAGUUAUAUCUGCAGCUGACAGAUAAUUUGGUGCGAAUGCAACGAAAUCGACCCCUCUUACAUAAUUGUGUACUAUUCCUCCCCCUUUCCAUCUCCUCUUGUGUUACCUACACUUCCUUCUUUCUUUUCCUGUGCUCAGUUUCUGUGUGUCCGUUUGCUAAGCAUGCUAUCCUUAUUCGAUGUCAUCAUCCCUUUCAGUAUUUCUCGCUAACCUCAUACGCACCUGUUAGUCUGUCUGCCUGUGUCUGUCUGUUUGUAAAACAAACAACAUGUUCCCUCCCUCUCCCCCCCCCCCUCUCUCUCUCUCUCUCUCUCUCUCUCUCUCUCUCUCUCUGUAGUAGUUAUGUACUCUUUCUCUCCCUGUCCUCCUUGUCCCCUUUCUCUAUCUGUCCCCGCGUUUCCCCCGGACCGUAGGCGGUGGUUCGCUGUUCGCACACCCACGUUGGGGUGAUGUGUAAGUGUUGCCCUUCUUCCAUAUUACAGCGAGGAAAGACACAUCGCUGCGUCAAACGUUUGACGUUGUAUGAUGACAUUCUGUGAGGUACGACGGCAUCGGAGAUGCCGUCUGUUUUGUGACGUCAAUUCGUUUUUAUUUUGCAUGAGACUUCCCUUCCGCAUUGCUCAUACCUAAGCAAGGCCCCGUUCAAGAACAUUGAAGAUGUAUUUGAGAAUCAUGAGUUAUGCCGUAUUGGAAACGGGAUCGGGAUGUAUUGCGUGUCGGUAGAACGUUAUAUCUCUGUACAACUGUAUUUGGACGCCAUUUUAGACGAAUGGGGAUUGUAUUGAGCGAAAUAGUUCGUUAUCGAGAUGCUGCUUCUAAUAAAACAUUUUUCCUAACCAUAUGACUGAAAGUUAUUCUGCACAUGACUUGGGGGGUCUCUACAGGUCUCUACAGAACCGAAGUUCGUUUUUCUGCAAUAUCUUCAAAACCGCUCGACGCAUUCACACGAAACUUUCAGUCUGGGCUUCAGAUACAUAAUAGCCAUUUUCACGACACUUUCCAGACCUAUCAAAUUAUCAAAUAGGUUCCACCGCG